CGUUGCGGAAGGUCCAGCAAAAAAGCCUCGUUUAAAUUAAACUACUUUGAUUUAAUAUCCGGAGAAUGCUUGUUGACCGAAUUCUUGACUGAUCAGGUAAGUCGUUGCAUUCAAACUUGAGAAACUUCUUAAUAACAUCAUCUGUAAGCAUGCAAGGGUUUAUGUUAGGUUUACUGAUGUCGUCAUGUUAUAACUAGAACAUACGCAUCACACAAGUAGGAGUAACAACUGAUUUUUAUUUGCCAUUUCACUCACAUUUAUACAAACAUUCAUAAGCGGCUCUAAUUACAGAUUACAUACUUGGCAUAAUAUCAAGCAUAUAAUGUUGUGGCAUUUCCUGUCGCGGUUUUCUACUAAUGGAUAUGUUCAACUACGAUAAGCUUUGUGGUAAGCAUGUGGUUAUAUUGGUCAGGAUGUUGGAACACGGAAUCUAACACCCCCACUUGCUCCAAUCAUCUUUGACGAACUUAAUAUAUGUAUAUAUAUAUAUACAAAACUAAUUUCCCAUGAUAAAAGACUUAAACUUUUCUAGUUUAACUUUGGUUGCUGGCUUUGUAAAAAUGUCAGCUACAUUAUCUUCUGUAGGCACAUAUUCUAACUUUACAUUUCCUGCUUGUAUUUCCGAUCUUAUAAAGUGAUAUUUUAUGUCAAUGUGCUUUGACCUCUGAUGAUUAACUGGGUUUUUAGCUAGGUUAAUCGCCCCCUGAUUAUCUACGUGGAUUACAACAUCAUCUAUCACAAUGUUCAUAUCUUUACAGAUUUGUCUCAAGAACUUUGAUUCUUGUACAGCACUAGCUAGCGAAAUGUAUUCCGCUUCACAAGUAGAUAAAGCUACAGUGGGUUGUUUACGACUCUUCCAUGAAAUUAAAGGACCUCUCUCUAAUAGCUGAAAAUUAUACCCAGUAAUACUGCGUCUGUCUUUUACAGAUGCUCCCCAGUCAGAGUCACAAAAUCCUAUUAAUUUUAAUGGUGACUCUGAUUUUUCAAACUUAAGACAUUGUUCCCUUGUGCCUUUUAGGUACCUAAGAACAUGCUUGGCCAAAAUGAGAUCUGACUCUGAGGGCUUGGCCAUGUUCUGUGAAAGUUUAGUCACGACGUAGCACAAAUCCGGUCUCAUGCCUGUCAUUACAUAGAUUAAGCUCCCAACAAUGGCUCGAUACAAUCUGGGGUCACUUAAUUCUUUUGGCUUUACAUCACAUUCUUUUUCUAUCCCAAGAGCACAUGGCGUUGGUUUUGGCUUACAAUCGCUCAUUUGAAAUUUGGAUAGAACUUUGUCAAUGUAUUGGCUUUGGCUCAUUUCAAUAGAUGUUUUGCUGCACUUGAAUUGGGUUCCCAAGAACCAUGAAAGUUCACCCAGAUCUUUCAUUUUGAAUUUCUGGCAGAGAGACUCUUUUACGCUCUCGAGCAAUUUGGCAUAAGUCGCCGAUAUAAUGAUAUCGUCGACCCAAAUAAUCAGAAUAACGCAUCCUUCGGUCUCUGAAUUUCUCACGUACACACAUGGGUCAGCACGUGACUGAGAAAAAUUUUCGUUACACAAGAAGCUAUGCAACAUAUUGUUCCAGUUUCUCCCACUUUGUUUGAGACCAUAAAGUGAUUUCUUCAAUUUACACACUAAUUUUUCGCCAUUUGUGCCUCCCUUUUCGAAGCCUUUUGGCUGCUCCAUGUAAAUAUCGCAAUCUAUUGGCGCAUUAAGGUAGGCAGUUUUUACAUCCAUUUGAUGAGUGAUCAUGUUAUUUUGGACUGCACGUUGCAUCAACAUCCGAACUGAACUCAUGCGGGCCGUAGGCGCAAAUGUUUCCUGAUAGUCUAUUUCUGCAACUUGGGAAUAGCCCUUAGCGACGUAACGCGCUUUAUGAGUUUCUUCCCCAUUUGGUCCGUUUUUUACGGCAUAGACCCAUUUUCCCCCCACUAUUUUCCUACCCUCCGGUGGUGUUACUAGGUCGUACGUGUCAUUGUCGUUCAAAGCUGUCAUUUCGUCGUCCAUGGCCUUUUGCCACUUAUUCGCCUCAGGCGAGUCGACAGCCUCGUCAUACGUUGUCGGUAUGUUUACGACCCUGUAACAGUAGUCUACUGUGUAAUAAACAUUGUCUUUCAUAUCGUCCUCUAAAGCAUACUCUUCGAGGUGUUUGGGUUUGUUAUGGGUUCUAGUUGGGUACCUCCCGUUCGUCACAGGCUCAUUGUCGUUAGUCGCAGUAACGCUCCCCUCCUCGUUUGGUUGGUCAGCCUGUUCUGUGUUCUGUUCAGUGUUAUCCUCGACCCUUUGUUCUAGGACAGGUACAAAUGCUUCCCCUUCUUCAAUCUCUGUAUAGGAAAUACUCUGCCCGUGAAAUUUCACACAUCUUACCCUUUCGACCUAGAUACGCUGGGCUUUCCCUGUCAUAACCCACGAAGAUACCCCUUUUGCUUCGCGCAUCUAAUUUCUUCGCGUUUUGCACAUAAGCAUAACAUGUGGAUCCGAAAACGUGCAUAUUGCCUAGGUUUGGUCGCUUUCCGGUUAGCGCCUCGAAUGGUGUCAUUCCCAACCUUGAGUUAAAACAUCGAUUCCGGAUAUAUGCAGAUGCCAUCACUGCGUAGGUCCAAAGUGUUUUGGGUAAAUUUGCCUCGAGCAAUAAGCAGCGCGCCAUGUCAAAUAGACUUCUCCAUCCUCUCUCCACCGUCCCAUUUUGGUGCGGGGAAUACGGCGCGCUCAUUUCGUGUUUUAUCUUAUUUUCGCGCAACAAAGAUCGAAAAUGUUUGCUUGUGAAUUCCGUUCCGUUGUCGCUCCGAAUGCGCUUGAUUUUACCGAAAGGAGUGGUGUCGGCCAAAAACUUUUGCGUCGCUUCUACGGUGUCGCUUUUCUGUUUGAGAAAAUACACCUUGUUGAUUCCUGUGUAAUCAUCUAUAAAAGAUAACGCAUACUUGAAGCCGUCUUUUGCUGCGGGACUGAUUGGGCCAGCUAAAUCGCAAUGAACGAAUUCUAAAGGCUCUUUUGCUUUCUCGUCCGGUUUUCGAUUCCGAAAUUGGCACAUUUUGCCUUGCGUGCAGAUAGUGCACUCGCACUGUCGAUCAUCGACAAUUUUCAUUCCCUCAACUACGUUUUGAAGUUUUCGAAGAUCGUUAAAAUUGCAGUGUCCCAUGAUUUUGUGCCACUCCAUUAGUGUGGUGGCGUUAUUUUGGGUUGAAAUGUUGUUCAGAUAAAAUAAACGCCCUUGUUGUUUGAUACUAAACAUUGUACCAUUUGGUGCUCUCAAAUUUUUGGCAUCCUUAUCUAAAGUUAUGCUGGCCCCCCCUAUCUAUGGCUGCGGGAACAGAAAAAAUAUUUUGGGUAUAGGACGGGAUAUAAAGGGCGUUGUUUAACACCACAUCCUGUACAUUACCGUUUACAUCAUAAAGCUUAACUUGGGCGUUUCCCCUUCCUAAAACCACAUUAGCCCUACUUCCAUCGGCUAACUCAAUAAAAUGUGUACUAGGGUCGAAUUUCUUAUCAAAAUCUACGAACUUAGACUUGUCAUUGAUAAUAUGGCUUGUAGCGCCGGUAUCUAAAAGUAAUUGAUUUGGAGUAGGCUCACCUCUACCUUCCUGAUCCUUAACAGUAAAUAGAAAACUAUGACUAUUGUUGUCUCUUUUAAGUUUUUGUUCUUGUCCUAUUGCGGACUUUGCUGCGUCAGGGUUCCCUUUGCGGCAAUCUUUGGUGUUGUGGGAAUUGUUCUUGCAACGCUGGCACCACUUGUCGGCGACUUUGUUCGAGUAGCAGUCCACGCUUCUGUGUCCCUUUCGUCCACAUUUGAAGCACUUUCCUUGGAACUUUGGCUUGCUUGAACCAUUCGCGGCCGACAUUACGCCAUCUCCGUUUCCAUCAUCGUCUUUAUGGCAACAUUUCUCGUUCUCCUCAUGGUUUCGGAGCGAGACCUUAAAUUCUGCAAAUGUCAUGGGAGUGUCCUUCUGCAUGACAAUCGUGCCGAAAGUCUUGUAACUUUUAGGCAGGCCUUUUAGGGUCAUCGCGACCAACAGACCGUCGCUGAUUACUUCGCCAGCAGCUUUAAGCGGUUGCUGCGGUCUCCGCCCUGAUGAUGUAGUCUGUGGUCGUUUCUGUUUCACCCAUUUGAAGUGAAGUCAACUCUGUGUAGAGGGCAAUGAUGCGGGGUUUUCCUUUGCCUUGGUAGUGCUCCCUUAAGACUCUGAGCGCUUUCCUCCCGUCAUUUUUGGCCUCUCUGAUAACCAGGGACAAGCUUCUGUCAUCCAAACACUGGACCAUUUCUGCAAACGCACUAGCUUUCUUUUCCUCGCUGGGUUCUUCCUUUUCAUCUGCAGCUGGUAUAACUACAUCGUGGAGUUUCUGAAGGCGCAUGUAUCCUAGGAACUUUACUUCCCAUAGCUCGUACCUGCUUUCGUCCCCGUCAAAUAUGAGCGUCCUCCUGGGCCCAUAACCUGUUAGGUUUACUGAUGUCGUCAUGUUAUAACUAGAACAUACGCAUCACACAAGUAGGAGUAACAACUGAUUUUUAUUUGCCAUUUCACUCACAUUUAUACAAACAUUCAUAAGCGGCUCUAAUUACAGAUUACAUACUUGGCAUAAUAUCAAGCAUAUAAUGUUGUGGCAUUUCCUGUCGCGGUUUUCUACUAAUGGAUAUGUUCAACUACGAUAAGCUUUGUGGUAAGCAUGUGGUUAUAUUGGUCAGGAUGUUGGAACACGGAAUCUAACAGUUUACUCGCUGGACGAAGCUGAAGUUUAUUACUUUUAAUAAUAGAGUUGCGUGUUACAUAGAACACUGAUAGAAGUGCGUGUUAAAUGAUGUUGGUGUUUAAAAGUACAUGUACAGAAACAUAAGACACAGUGUUUAAGCACAGGAAACGGAGAACAACCUUGAAGAUACGAUGCGCAGCUCUGGCGUAAUGUAGACUAUAAACUUCGAGGUGUUUCACAAAAAUGAUUUCAGAAGGAAAAAUUUUAAAGGAUGCAAAAACGAGCUUUUUAUGCGAUUUCCAGACACUCAUUGAAAAUUAAUUUCCCUUGUACUUUCUUCAUGAAUAUUAGCAGUAUUGUGAGAAGAGUAACGAAAGAAAGUGCUUGUAAAAGCAAAUAAUAUUUUCAUGAUAGCUGAUGACGUUGUUUAUGGACCAUGGGGGAGGGGAGAAACAAAAUGAAAGUGAAAGACUCCUGAAACUUUGAGUAUCUUAACCCUUUAACUCCUAAUAGUGACCACCAUCAGUUUUCUCCUAACAAUAUCCAUAUGUUACUAAGAAAAUGGUUAUGAGAGUUAAUAAAAUGAUCAUUAAAGAGAAAAUGCUUCGAUCUGUUAUCAAAUUCUCUCUACUGAUUCUUUAAGGAAAUGUAUGGAGAUCAGUUUGGAGAAUUUGUAGGUGGAUAUCAGGGCUUAAAGGGGCUAUGUCAUGCUACUUGCUAUCUUUUUAAAAAGCAAAACCUUUUUUUGCAGCAAUUGAAAUCCAAAAAUAAUGGUCUAGUUUUGUUAUUUUUUGAGACCUACAUUUAGGCAUUGUACAAUAUUGUAACUGUUUCUUGUCCUCCGUGGCAAAGGAUGGCAAGAUUGGACAUGGAUUGAAACUUGAAAAAUCUGGGUCAUUUUUUCAAGUUUUAAUGCUAUUCCUGCAAAAAUUGCUCAAAAAAUAUUAUGAUUGGUGCUACCUGGUAAAAUUUGAUUUGUGUUUUCUUUUUAACCCUAUGGGAGCAUUUUUAAACUAUUAUGUAGACUUCUGGCUUUGCAGUCCACAUGCACAGAUGGUGAUGGAACUUUAUUGAUGCAGACUACCUGCAAAUCGUGGAGCUGCUAAUCAGAACAAAAUUGUCUUUAUCUUACCAACUCACUGAUUCAGCCAUAAAGUAAAUUAUUUAAAAUACAAACUACCUGCAAAUAACAGAGUUGGUCUAGGCUCAGGUAAAAUGUGGCAUGGAGAUAUUUUGUUUACACUUCUUUUGUAAUACUAAAAUAUUACUAUAAAUUAUUACAAAACAGUUAGUAAUUUGUUUUAGAGACAAUUUUAGAAUUGGUGUAAUUUUUUUAUCAACCUCUUUCCCAGGGUUCUCUCUCUAAGUUCCUCUCUCGAGAAAGAACACUGCUGGUUGCAGCCUGGUCAAUAAGCUUAACCUAUGACAGUGAACUCCUCAUAGGGGUUGGGUGAAUGUGCAGAUGUACUAUCUAGCUAAGUUUUGCUUGAACAGAAAUUUGUUCAUGGAGCAAAUAAUGAGCUCAAACUCAAGGCAGUUAAAUGCCUGUUUAUGCAUAUGCUAUUUUGUUCUGGAACUGGCUAAAUAACAGAGCAAAGGUUUUUAUUAUUAUUAUUAUUAUUUAUUUGAGACCAUUUUUUUGAUUGCUCUGAAAAAUUAAUUUCAAAUUUGACCCCAAAGGACUAAAUGCUCACUGUUUUAUUGAAUAUCAAAUAGUGGCUUAAUGGAGUUUGCUCAUGCAAUCUCAGAGAAGAUUUGCAACAAAACAAUUCAGGAACUAUGAUAUUUUCCUUUUUUCAGAAUGUAAAUUGCAUUGCUCUUAAUAUGCUUGAGGUGAAUGCUUUUGAUCCACUGACGGGUGAGGCUCAUGGUGCAUCAAUGAAUUAAGGUACUUGAAUACAUGUAUAUAAUUAUAUGUGUGUAUUACCAAUAGUAAGACAGAUGUUUGCUAGUUUUAAGUUACUGUGCAGUGGAUUAACUUAUUGUUAAUGAAGGAGGAAAAAUGCCCUACUGAACUUCUUAAUUCUGCUCCUGAAUUGCCCCUUAUUUGGGUUGUGAAACCAAAUGAGAAUUUGAAAUUAUUUCAUGUGUCCCUUCUUCGCAUUUGAAUUUUAUCAGUUUUCAUCAAAGGUGAAUAUAUUCAAUUUCAAGCGUAAAGACAUGGUCAGCAAAGCUGUACGCACAAAAUAAUAAUCAUUUGGUUUGAAUCUGUAUUGCCGGUUAGUAGAAGUUAGGUAACCUGCAAAUGAUUUAUAUGUGACUCUAUUAGGAAAUCCUCAAGAUCCUGUAUAUGAUUCUAUCCCAUUGCAAGUCAGGGGUAAUUAAACUCAACACCUACACGUUUUCCUAAAUGAAAAGACGGCUGAUGGUCGCAUAUGGCUUUGCUUCAAGUUUUUAUUCUAUUUCUUUCGAUUCUCGUAAAAAGGAAGUAAAAUGACGCGGGCCUUAAUUAAUUAAUCUAUUAUUUUUUACAGCCAAAUGCUAAAAAAUCCACAAUGAACCUUAAGGAAAUGACCACAAAGAAACUGCGGGACUUUGCCUAUUUUGCCCAUGGAAAACAUGGACAAUUUGGCGGAUGAUCUUCUAAUGAAGUUGAACACUAGCUGAUGUGUGCUCUUUGCAUCUGUCCCCCUAGAAACCAAAAUAAUUCAGCACUCUGGAGUAAUAAAUUAUUACAUGAUCUCAAUUAUUCCUCAAUGAAGAUCACUGAAAUUGUAUUUUCAAGUUGAAGCAUACUUUUAGGAUACUUUUAUUAGUUUACUUUUGUUUUGAAUUGAUACCAACAUAAUUAUAAUAUUCUCAGGCUGUGUCUUUAAUUUUUUAAGUAUACUUAUAGUAAAGCACACUUUUCUUUGGGAAAAUUUUUUCACCAGCACUGAAGUUUGAAGAAGUAUACUUAAAGUACACUUUAAUAUUUGAAGUAUAAAUGAAAUACAUUUGCCAUUAAAAUACUCAAUUAAUUUUAUACUUUUGGUGAACUACAAAUGAAUUAUACUUCUAAUACUUUUUUCCCCUGAGAAACACAUAUAUAAGUAUACUUGAAGUAUACUUACAUGUAAAGUAUACUUCAUUUCUGUGAGGGCAUCUGAUAUUGCAAGCACCACACUCAAAACAGGGGCAACCAAACAUAAACUGGCCUGUAGUCACAGUUUCUGUUCAUAGCAAAGAAAUCUGACUUUUAAAACUGAGAAACCUUUCGCUAAAUCUUAAAGUGUCUAACAUGGCCCUGGUUUAGACAGGUUUGUUGCCCUGUAAACUCCAUUAAAAAAUUAGCAUUCAUUAUUAAAUUAUUGUUAUUAUUAUAAAGUAUGUAAUCUCAUGCAGAACAACAAUUACAGUUAGCUGUAUAUUUACUAAACUUAACUCAUUUGUGCACAGGGUCUAAAAGGUUCAUGUAGUUAUACCAACUUGUGAGGCAAGGCUUCCUGUGAUGUCCAGGCUUAAAAAGGUAAUUAAAGGUACUUGCUAUUCAAAGGGUACUUUAGGUUUUUGUUUUUACUGUUAAAUUUCUUUGUCCUAAACGUGAUUCUUAACCUGUUGUAGUUAACUGCUAGAUGCAGAUAAUUGUUAAUUUAGGGAUGUCACUAAGAUUUCAAGUUGUCGGGUAAAUACAACAAGUAGGCGGGGAAUCAAACAGCUAGGGAUUUCUUUUGGUUCUAUUUUUCUUCUAUUUUCCUAUGAAAGUAGCCAGGGGCCGCGUUCAUAGUAACCAGGGAAAUCCCCAGCUCCCGCUCCUUAAUGACAGCCCUGUUAAUUUCCAACUCUUUUGCCCGUGAAAGCACUGAGCAUCUGACAGGAUGUGGAAAAAAAAUAUAUGAAAAUUUUGUGGCAAUGUUAAGACAUACUAUGCAGAAAAUAGCCUCACACUGUAAAUUGAUUUGCAGUCAAAUUGACAAAACUGUGAGUUCCACUAAAAUUUCUGGAAUGUUAUUAUGCUGCAAGAAAAAAAUUCAACCAGGGGUGAGCAACUAAUUGCUGCAAGAAACAACAAUGUAUUUUGUUUGUGGUUUUGAAUUCGCUUAAAGCUUGUGUUACUGCCAGCUGAUCUUUGCUGUGAUUGCUCAUAACAUAAUAAUGAUAUCUGAAAUAUAUUAAGUGUUCACAGUUUUGUCGGUUUGACUGUAAAUUAUUUCUUCUCAAUUACUCCCACUGACUACAGUAGAAUGCCUAUCAGAGUUGUCCAGAAAAAUUAGAGAGAAAGAAAAAAUUUUGAAGGGGGCAACUAAGGACUAGAAUUAAAGGUACUAAUAGAGGGAGUCUUUAAAGACUUUCCUGGGAAAAAUUUGGGGCAUUCUGAAAAGUGUAUUUAAUUUGGAGCUGUUACCAUGCAUGAAAACAUUUUUUUUUUAAUGUAAGGAUGGCACCUUUAUUUACCCACAAAUACAAUGUAUAUCUGUCUGGAUUUGCUAAAACAUGGCUUUAGAAAUUUCAAGUGCAUUUUUACAACAAUUUGACAUCCAAGUCGAAUGGAAAUUAGUGUUCAUUAAAGUCACCAGCUGAGGCUUAUAAACAAUGACAAAUUUAUUAUUGCUGGCAACAGAUGGCAAAUUUCUCUCGCAGAAGUAACAGUAUUAUUUUUGUGAUGAAAUAAACAACAUUUGAAACAUCCAGAAAUUAUAACCUUUUAGCCAGUCAAACCAGGAGGCCCAUACAGGUAGCAAGCCAAGUGUCUGCCAAAAACAGAUUAAGAAAUCAUUAAUCUUUGAGUACUGUCUAGAAUUGGCAUUAUAAAAUAAACACUCACUAAGUGUUUUUGUGCUCAACCACAUACCUGUGUUUUGUCUGUCAAUGUCUUCGGAUUGCAAUUGCCUUUAUGAAUUAAAGGGAGAUUUGAGCCCUGUAAUGCUUAAGGAAAUAUUUCACGAGAGUGUUGAAUUGUAUGGAAAAUCAUGCAAGCGUGACUGGAUGGCAAAAGUUGUUUUUCUCAUACAAAUGCUUCCAACUUUCAGUGGCCGUUGCAAUCGCUACUUUUGAGAUAAACGACUGAAAAUGCCCGUGUUACCUAAUUUUAAUAAUUAUGCUCUUUCAGCUUGUGCUAACAAAAUUUUUCAAAAGUGAACUGUUUUUGUGUUUAGCAAAAGUUGGUCACGUGAUCAAGUCAUACAAAGAGCCUAUUAUAGCAAAAUUCGCUUACAUUCUGCUUCCCCAAAAUAUGAAGUACGCUUGUUUUGAUAUUUCUAAAUCAUUUCUAUGGCUGUGAAAAGCCUUCUAGGAACAGAUUAGAUAUAUGAUCCUUGCAAGGUCAAUGCAGACAGAUAAUGCCGCAGUUUAAUGAUCUAUUAUGCAAAUUAGCACGUUGCUAAGGCUAAAACAUUGUUUACGACGUGUUAUUGAGAGCACAUCACGCAACGAGUUCAAACAAAGAUUUUCGUAUUUUCUCGCCACUUUCCGUGCUACAAUCAGGUCAGUGUCACAACAAACAUUAAGAAUAGUGGUUUACUCAUAAGAAUUCAAGAUGGCAGGGAAGAAAACAGCGCAGUGCGACGACAUUUAAGUGCGAAUUAAGGGGAAUUUUGCAGCUGUGUUGGACCGCACUGAAAACAAAUCGAUGUAAAAAGAUGAGGAUUUAUAAUACCGCGCUGAAACUUGCCAGGUUAAUUCACAUAAUGUUAAGGAAAAAUGUAUUAAAUUUCUGGCAAUUCCCGGAAUAUUUUGGAAUUUUUGCGGUGGCCUAAAGUUACAGGGUAUUAGAAAAUACUCCACCUCUAUAUCUCAGGACAAAUUUGCUGGCUACAACCAGAAAUUUAAAGGUAAAUGAACAAAUUAAGUAUAAGUCAGUUCCAAUUUUCUUGUUAUUCCAAGCUAUCGAGAGAAAGCCUGCAGAAAUACAGAAUUUUUGAAUUUUUGAACCUACGAUAUUAAUCGGAAGUAACACCUUAGGUGUGAAAAUUGACACCUCAGAUAUCAAUUUUCUGAAAGCUCAGCUCUCGCUUGAUAGGCCUGUGUAAUUUUUAUUUUACAAAAUUCUUAAUGAUAUGAGAAAUAAAUUUUUUAAAUGGAAGGGUUUAUAGCAGAUCUAAUACCUUAACUUAAUCCACUACAAGAGCUGAGUUCUGUCUAAUACGUGCGCUGUUUUCAAACUGACAUACAGAGAGAAUUAUGGGAAGUUAAUUAUGAAAAGUGUUUUUGGGGGGGAAGGGGUUAGGUUAAUUAUAUUAUAAGCCAGCGAGAAACUUAUGACAGUCUAUCUAAAACAUGCUUGAAGAUGAGACUCAGGAAAGGUAUAUGAGAGAAAUGUCUAAAGCCAUGUUGUAGCAAAUUCAGUUUAAUAGAUAUAAUAAAUAUUGCUGAUUGUUUUCAUCUAUGAAACUUGAAGUAUUUACAGUGCAGGCCACAGGAAUUGCAGCAUCUACGCGCAUGUAAAUUGCGUGCAAUAUGGCGGAUUUACAUACAAAAUACUCAAAAAGAACAUGCUUAUAUAAAAAUAUUACAAAAAACAUUACACACAGCUUAUAUUAAAUUACACGCAAAAUGCAAGAUGCAUGUAUUUAUUAUUUUGUGUUUUUCCCUGGGAUAACAACAGAUAAAUUCAGGAGAAACAACAGAUGUGUGAAAUCCUGGUAUCAAAGAAAGCUUUAGUAACCUGAUCUGAAGAAGACAGCGAUGUACAGUACACUUUACAGGUAUGUGUUCUAUAACACUUUCAGUCUUCUCAGAUUUGUAUUUUACUUUGGUGAAUUAACAUACAAUUAUUCACAUUGCAGUUCACAUGACAAAUAAAUCACACCACUUCAUCAACUACUGGAAUGCAUACAAUGUUUAGGACUGUGUAUUUGCUUUGGAUUAGCUGCUUUCUUUUUGUAUUUGUUUCUUUUUUUGGUAGUAUAUUUUUCUAAAUUGAUUUUGUUCACCAGCUCCUGAUAGGCCAGUUCAAUUUACUAUCAUGCGAACAAGAAAGAGAAGGUUAAGAGUGGUUGCAGACUCAGCUGAAAAAGGUAAUUUCACCCAGUUUAGGCUAAAAAUAAUGAAUACAAGUCCCCCAGCCCUCUUAUUGGUUACCACUCCAAUACUUAAUUCUUACUGAAUUAUAAUUAUGAUGGUAUAUAGUGCAUCAGGGUUGUCAUUAAGAGCCAUGGGCUGGGGAUUUUCCCCGGCUACUAAGAGAGUGGCCCCCAGCUACUUUUAUUGGAAAAUAGAAGAAAAAUAGAACCAAAAGAAAUCCCUAGCCAUUUGAUUCCCCGCCUACUUGUUGUAUUUACCCGGCAACUUGAAAUCUUAGUGACAACCCUGAGUGCAUACAAUGUAUAUCUGCCAUGAAAUGUAUACCCCUGCAUUAGGACAAAAUACACAAUCGUAGCCUGGGACCUGAGACCCCUCUGUUGGAAAAGAAAAGAUGUAUACUAAUCAAGGCUGUGCUCUAAGGAAAAUUGAAGGGAGCCCAAUGCUCUGAGCCUGUAAAAUCCAGGGUGCCCAGCAUAUGAUUUGUAUGAAAAAACAAUGAUUUUCCAGUCGCCCAAGAACAAGGUGUAUUAUGGGAGAGGUGCAAAUGGCGAAUGUUGUGACUUUUGUUUAUUAAUUUUAAAACAAAGAUGAAUUUUAUCAUUAGGGUGAAAUUCUAAAAAAUAAAGAAUGUGUCCCCUGUAAACAGGAGCCUCCCUUUGAGUUCCUUUGGAUUGGUGUAUGUUCUAUCCUUUCCAAGCCCAUAAAGAUUUAGCACCCAGGGCACCAAUUCAAUUACUGUUAUUGCUUAUCAAUAAAAUUGACCUACUGGCAAAAGUGGUAUUGUGGUUUAAUGUGUUAACAGAUUUUAUGUAUAACAUUGACACCAUAAUGUGGGUUGAGUUUGUUGUUAGUUCACCGGCCCUUGCUCUGAGAGGUUUUUUUUCUGCAUACUUCU